AUGAAGCUGCUGGCUCAGCAGCUGCGGCCUGCCGAUAGGGUGCGGGUGACGUUGAUAUGCGACACCACCACGGCCUGGUACUCGGGCAUGCUGCCCGCCUGCCUCGCCCAGAUCUACCACCCCUCAGAGCUGCAGAUCCGGCUGGAGCCGCUGGCCAAGUGGUGCGGCGCGCGGUUCAUCCACGCAUGGGCCGAGCGUAUCGACUUUGCCCGAAACCUGGUCGUGUGCCGGCGCGUCGCCGAUCACCAAAGCGGCGACCUCACCGACUACCCACCACGACCACCACCACCAACGACCGCAGAGGACGCUGAAGCCGAAGCCGAAGCGGAAGAGCGAAGCCAUGAGGACUACGUGCCCUCCAUCCGCAUAUGCUGUGCGGGAGGGACCAGGCUGCGACGAGGGCGCAACGAGGCCUCCCUGGACGUGUACGCGCCGCAGGCCAACUUCCUGGCGCUCAUGAUGACCGGCGACGGGCAGGCCAUUGGGUCCUACCGCGGCAUGGCCUACACCGGCUCCCUCGCCUGGAAGCUCAAAGAUAAAAUCGAUCGGUCGUUCAUGCGAUUGUUCGAUGUGGCGCACAUGGGGCCGAGCCCGGUGGCGCGGGCGCCCGAAUGGGAUGACAAGCACCCCUCGUGGCAGCGCAGCCAGCGCCGAUGCGCCGCCAAGAAAGCGAAAACGAAUGCGAAAGCGAAAGCGACGGAUGCGGCAUCGGCCGAUAUGGUGCGCCACGUAGACGACGACAACGACGGCGAGAUCGAGGCAGCGCGCAGGCAAAUCCAAGAGCGUGAGCGAAUGGCAGAGGAUGAGGUGGUCGGUGAUGAUGCUGGUGGUGCUGAAGAAGAUGAGGAGGAUGAGGGUGAAGGGGAUGAUCGCGAAGAUUCGUGGUGGUGGCGCGAGCCCAGCCGGUAG